AUGUCAGUCAGUCAUCCGACAACUACAUAUAAGAUCGAUCGAACAGCAGCAACACUGAAUCUCGUAUGCGUGUGGAUGGGUAUUGUGAAAGUCUUUGUCUGUAUCACCGACACAUACAGCACAGCGGCAACGGCAGAGACGCAGUGCGGUGCUGCGGUAGACGCUCACACUGUUUACAUCUCUUCCAUAUGUCCCUUGGCUAGGUUUAAUAACAGUAUAGUAAAAUUGUACACGCACUUGAAAUCAGAAAAUCUUGCGCCGUUGGCAGCUCAACAAAUGUGGCCUAGUGGAAGUGGUGGCGGUGUACGAAACUCGAACACUUCUACUGCAGUGUCUACUUCUGCAUCCAGUGGCGCCAAUGGUAGUUCAGCGACUGGUUCUGGCAAUGGUGCUGCGACGGGAUCUCAGCCAUCAUUCAGUGGGAUACGGGUAAAUGACCAGCGCGGAGGCGCGGGGAAUCAGCUGCGAUGGCUCGAUCAUCAUCAAGCGCACCAAUGGAGUCCACAAAGUGCACAGUGGGGACCACAUGUCUCAGGCGGCCCAAAUCCAGCCCAUCCAUGGCCACUAGCAGCUGCUACACAACAGUGGGCAGGCACACCGUCGUCAAAUACGGGGACAGGUUCUUCUACAUAUGCCGAACACGCAAAGAAAAAUAUGGUAGGACGUGGUGGACAAAGUCAGGUACAGGGACGAUACGAUCAACAACAGCAGCAAUGGAAUCAAGUAAAAGUAGAUCAGCAGACUCCUUGGGAUACGAGUAGUUUGACGGGCUUUAGUAGUGUACAUGCUGCCAGUGAUGCAAAAUUAUCAACAGCGGAAUGGGGGUCAACCAGCGCACCGAAGACACGCUGGGCUCCACCCACAACUCAGUGGUCUGUACAUGCUGCAGCUACAUCAACUGCUGCAGGCCCCGAUUGGGCUACAGCUGCGGCAGUUGUAGCUGCUGCAGCUGCGGCACAUCAUCGUCACGAUGCUGCAGCAGGACCAUGGACUGGCACCACUAUGGCAGCUCAUCCAGCGACUGCAGCGUUGCCACUGCAAGUUGGGGCAGCUUGGGGUCAAAAUCCGACAGUCGGACAGCAGCCAUCAGCCUCUGCAUUACCAAAUCUCAAUGAACAGUAUGACCCAAAUCCUCAAACGCCUGGUCCAUGGGUUGCCCCGCAGCCUCAAGAAAUGAAUAACGAUAUGAUGUGGCAUGAUCCAAAUCCAAAGCAAAAGAAAGUGCAACGUGAUACUGGCACUGCGAUUUGGGGUGACCCAAGUCAACAACCCGUAGAAAUUAAGCGUUGGAAAGAUGCCGAAGUGGAUGAUUAUUCCCACAUACAAAGCGCAAUGCCGAGCGGUGGUGAUUGGAACAUCAUUGCGAUAUCAUCGAAUGGUAGCGCCGUUUGUACAGGCAUCAACGGCGUUAUUAGCGGUGGUCCUGGUACAGGACAUGCAACAAGUUCAUGUUGUUCAGCAACCGGAACAAACGUUUCAACUCCAACGACAACUGGUGGGCCAUGGCCAGACGGUUCCCAUCCAGAGCCUUCAUCAUCAUCGGGACACCAGGAACGGUGGCAGCAACAUCCUAGUGCAUGGACUGAUAAGCCUGAUAAUGUCAGUGAUAGCCAUCAUCCAGCAGAUUUGGUUAGUGCUUUAUGA